UUGAAACGCUAUUUAGUGCGCACCGCUAACUAAGCUAGCCGUUUCACAUCCGUUACACUAGCUAACGUUAGCCAGCUUGCUAAGGUUAGCCACCUAACUGUCUAGCUAGAAUUCGUAACAUACCAUAUUUUUUUCAAAUUUUGUAACAUAUAGUUAAUUUUGCAAAGUUUAACAUAUUCUGUAUUUUGCAAAUUCGUAACAUAUGUCACGAAUUACAAUUCGUAUUAUAUCAUACAAAAUUGGUGCCUGACAUCCACAAAUUAAAACAUACCAUUGGACAUGUCAUUUAUUAUCCUGAAAACUAGGCUUUCGGAUUUCCGUACACGAAGUGCUCUGAGACCAGGUUGCAGCGGGCGACUUUCUAAAUCCCGCCAUUUUUCCCGUGUCCAUUCACCCUUAUUCAAAACAGAACACAUCUGUUGCAAGUUUCGGAUUUAGCUACACACGUACACAACAAUACGACUUGCUCUGAGACCAGGUUUCAGCGGGCAACAGCGAAGGCGAGCGAACUUUCUAAAUCCCGCCCCUUUUCUCGUGUCUAUUCAAUCCUCAUUCAAAACAGAACACAGCUGUUGCAGAGCACACCGCUUUUGGCUUUGUAGGAGCCUCUGAAAUUUGCUGGGGUCGAGUUUGCCUUCCCGAAAAGAGGAAUUUGGCACCCAUUUCUGUGUGAUUGCAGUGUGAGGAGGACACAGACAGACAAACACCCACUCUCUGAGCUGUAAAGAGGCAGCCAUUCCUCAGCUCUCAAGCACAAUGCCCAUCUGACACACAACUAGUAAGUACAAGAGUGCACACACUGAGGAUGAGUAGUGCUGUGCUGCACUGACAGACAGAUGGUGUGGGAAUGAUGGACCUCCCCAAUGGCCAAUCAAGCGUCACCACCGCUGCUGCCACUGCCUCGGAGAAGAGCAGCAGCUCAGAGUCUCUCAGUGAGAAGGGUUCUGAGCUGAAGAAGAGUUUUGAUGCUGUCGUCUUCGAUGUCCUGAAGGUUACCCCUGAGGAGUAUGCAGGUCAGAUCACUCUCAUGGAUGCUCCGGUGUUCAAAGCCAUUCAGCCUGAGGAGCUGUCAAGUUGUGGCUGGAACAAGAAGGAGAAGCACAGCUCUGCCCCUAAUGCUGUGGCCUUCACCCGCAGGUUCAACCAGACAACUUUCUGGGUGGUGAGGGAGAUCCUUCAUGCUCAGACCCUGAAGAUCAGAGCUGAGGUACUCAGUCUGUACAUCCGAACUGCCAAGAAACUGUGUGACAUAAACAAUCUGCAUGCCGUGAUGGCUGUGGUGUCGGGCCUACAAAGCGCUCCCAUCUAUAGACUCUCCAAGACGUGGGCGUUGUUGAGUCGGAAAGACAAAGCAACGUUUGAGAGGUUGGAGUACCUCAUGGCCAAAGAAGACAACUACAAGCGUCUGAGAGACUACAUACGCAGCCAGAGCAUGAACUCCUGCAUACCGUACCUGGGUAUGUAUCUGUCUGACCUGACGUAUAUAGACUCAGCGUAUCCCUCUACUGGCAGCAUCCUGGAGAAUGAACAGAGAUCCAACCUCAUGAACAACAUCCUGAGGAUUAUAUCUGACCUGCAACGCUCCUGCACCUACGAUAUACAAGUGUUGCCUCAUGUCCAGAAGUAUCUAAACUCAGUCAUGUACAUCGAGGAGCUACAGAAGUUUGUGGAGGAUGACAACUACAAGUUGUCGUUGAAGAUCGAGCCAGGCUCCAGCACCCCCCGCUCCACUGCCUCUAGAGAGGACCUUAUAGGUUCGGAUGCGUCUGCGUCUCCUCUGUGUGGUCGUAAGGGCCCCAUUGCAGACGGAACCAAAGUCCCUCCCACGCCCCCCUCCCCCCGGAACCUCCUCCCCUACGGACACAGGAAGUGUCACAGCCUGGGCUACAAUUUUAUUCAUAAGAUGAAUACGGUAGAGUUUAAGAGCGCUACGUUCCCCAAUGCUGGUUCUCGUCAUCUAUUGGACGACAGCGUCAUGGAGAGCCACACCCCUACGAGAGGACAGGCCGAGAGCUCAACGCUCUCCAGCGGCAUCUCACUGGGGAGCAGUGAGGGUUCAGAACUCAGUGAAGAGAUGUCCUGGCCAGCCUUCGAGAGGACUCGGUUCUAUCACUCUCUGGGCCCUGUGACCCGCGUGGCCAGAAUCCCCUACAGAGGAGGCCUGAGGCCCAGCAGCUCUGCUGAGUCUGAGGAGUUAGCAGUGCACCUGUACCCUGGAGCCGUCACCGUGCAGGGAGUCCUACGACGCAAAACGGUCUUCAAGGAGGGCAAGAAACCCACAGUGGCGUCUUGGACCAAGUUCUGGGUGGCUCUGUGUGGAACUCAGCUCUACUACUACCAUGCCAAGUCCCUAAAGGCCACUGAGAGAAAGCACUUCAAGUCGUCUAGCAGUAAGAGUGUGUGUGUUGUGGGGUUAAUGGCCAUCAUGUCAGACGACCCUGAACAUCCCGACGUCUUCCUGCUCACAGACUCGGAACACGGUAACACCUAUAAAUACCAGGCAGGGAACAAAAUGAAUGCCCUUCUGUGGUUCAAACACCUCAGUGCUGCCUGCCAGAGCAACAGACAACAGGUCCCAGCCAAUCUGAUGUCCUUUGAAUGAGUGCUGCUGUAGAGGACGGAGCGGUAGAGCUAAAAUAGGAAGAGGGCUAGUGACUCAGCACCAGGAGCUUUCACUGCCAUGACCCCAAAACUAUGACCCCAGCCCCACUGGAGCCCCACCUGCCACCACUGCCUUAACCUAUGGAGCCGUGUGUGUGUUGAAGCAGUGGUUAUUAUGGUGGCAUAGACUACUGAAUGAAGACCUAAACCACUUCUCUCUCGUUCUCUCGCUCUGUUGUUUUUGCCUGUGGAACUAUGGGAUGUCUCCUCUCCUCUUUCUUGGAUGUUUCUUAAGGAAGGAUGGGUGGACAUGAUUUAUCCUUGUUUUCCCUCACUCCCUCUCUUCUUGACAUACUGUGCUCUGGUGGAAGACGGACUCACACACACAAUACUGGACUAACCCAAUGGAAUGGGAUUUCAAACACACUCCUUUAUCACACUUUGGUUCACAAACUCCCUCACACACAAGACUCCAAUGGUCUCUUCAUACUUGAGUUGGGCUCACAAAAUGGACACUUUUUACACACAUUCACUCCCUCCUUCUGAGAGUGUGUGUGUGAUUUGGCCUGUGUGAUUGCAGCAUUGUGAACAUUAAGGGCUUUGAUUCUCAAAUCUAUUCCAGCAGAAACCACUCCCACACACACACACGUGUCCUGAAUGUAUCCUACUGUUUUAUAUUCCAGAGCCUCUCCUCACCGUGUGUGUGGGGGGGGGGGGGCACACACUAUAUAUAUAUAUAUAUAUAUAUAU